GUUGAUAUUACAAUACAAAUGCAGCCCGUUGCGGAGCCGGAGCUGCCAUUGCAACUGGAGGAAAGUGAAGUGAGUCGGCCGUUGUACGAUCAGCGACAGACGGGCAAAUACAACAUACACGUGAGCAUCAAGGAUGUGGCCAUCAUUGAGGUCGAUCACAAUGAGCUGGCAGAUGAAUCGUAUAAUGCGGACGAUGAUGAUUAUUAUUACGAUGAUGGUGUGCUGACCAUAAAACCCAUCAAGUUUACCACAACUGCAGCAUCAACAACAACAGAGCCAACAACAACAACACAAACACAAACGAUACCCAUCACAACAGCGGCAGCAGCAACUGUUGCAACAGUUGCCGCAGCCAGCAGCAACAUGAGCUCCUAUAGCGCUCAGCUUUUGGCUGACAUUGCCGCCACGCAGCGUCAGCGACCCAAGGCGAACAAUUUAAUCAUUAUGGAGACGCCCGUUGGCAGCUCAUCCACACUGAUACCCAAAUGGCUGCACGCUCGCUCCAAAGAAGAGCCAAUCACAACAACGACAACAACAGCAGCAACAGCAACAGCAACAAGAGCAACAGCAACAACAGCAUCGAGACUGUCCACACCCAACAUUGAGUAUACGCCAGCUCAGGGUCACGAUUCGCCCAUUUUCAAGGUCAAAGUGCAACGUGCCGCACCCCCAACGAAGAGCCCCUCACGUUGCCGCAGCCAACACUUUCGCGACGCUCAGGGCAAAUGUCGCAGCAUUCGUUCCGGUUCCAUUUUAAGAAAGCUGUUCGGCUUGCUGGUGUCGCUGCCCUUUGCCGGCAAUCGUCAUGGUGCUCAUCAUGCCAAUGGUCUGCAGAUAUCGCCUUAA